AUGGACGUGCAACCUGAAGAAGAAGAGGUUGACGUUUUUCGGAAUGUCGCACAAGGUUUGGUUGGUAGCUAUCUUGAGAUUACGAUUCAAUAUUGGCAAGAGUUGAUUAAUGAGAUCGAAAUGACUAACGAGCCAGGCAGUGAGUUCCAGGACGAUUUCAAGUCACACUCGUUGCCCUUGGCACGGAUCAAAAAAGUCAUGAAAACUGAUGAAGACGUCCGAAUGAUAAGUGCAGAAGCACCCAUCCUCUUUGCCAAAGCGUGUGAGAUUUUCAUCACAGAGCUGACAUUGAGAGCGUGGUGCAUUGCUGAAGAACACAAGAGAAGAACGUUGCAAAAGAGCGAUAUCGCGCAGGCGUUGUUAAAGAGUGAUAUGUUUGAUUUUUUGAUCGAUGUCGUGCCUAGAAGCACAGAAUGA